AUGGCUGUGGGUCUCUUGUCUUCCUUUGGUGUUUUUUUUUCAGGCAUCACUUGCAAGAACAUAUCUUGUACUGACCUAUAUUUCACUCGAUCAGAGUUCUUUCAUCAAAAAAUGAAGUUUCUUGCAUUUGCCGCCCUUUUUGUCUCGUCUACUGUUCUGGCAGCUCCAGUACCACUUGAAAAAAGAGACGAUAUUGAUGUCGAUAUCCUACAGUUUGCUCUAACUUUGGAACAUCUUGAAAACGCGUUCUUCAAACAAGCAUUGUCGAACUUUACAUUGGACGACUUUACCGCGGCCAAUUUCAGCUCAGAUUUUUACACGCAAUUGAAAUACAUUACGCAUGACGAGGAAACCCACGUUUUGUUCCUAGAGAACGCUCUGAAGACGGCCGGCGUGAGUCCUGUGGCUGCUUGCUCCUACAGCUUUCCUGUCACUUCACCCAAGGAAUUUGUACAGUUGGCAGCUAUUCUCGACGGCGUCGGAAUAUCCGCGUAUCUAGGAGCCGCACCUAUGGUGACUUCAAAGCAGUAUCUCACAGUUGCUGGCUCCAUUUUGGCCACAGAAGCUCUCCACCAAGCUGCCUCACGGAAUGCGGUUGGCGAGAUUCCCAUGGCCAAUCCUUUCAGUACUCCGAUGGGCGCCAACGCCGUGUACUCCUUGGCCUCGCAAUUCAUUGUCUCGUGUCCCUCCUCAAACCCGGGUCUACCUUUCAAGGCGUACCCAGCGCUCCAUUUUGUUCAAGGCAUGCCUGUUGCGCAAAACAUCAGCGUUUCCUUCUCUGUUAGCGGACAGCUGCCAUCCGCUCAGAGUUACAUCACAUUUGUGAGCGGGCUGGAUGUUAUACCUGCGGCAGCAACAGUAUCCGAUAACUUGGUGUCUGCAGAAGUUCCUUACCAGCUCUCUGGUCAGUCGUAUGCCUUUUUGACCUCUGACAACUCUGGAAACCUGACUGAUUCCAAUAUCUUAUUUGGUCCUGCAAUCCUAGAGGUCACUCCACCAAGCCCAACAUUCGACACCUCCAUCCUUUAA